CGAAAAGAAUCAGUUUACCAGGCGAUCUUGUAUUGUCCUCCAGUGCUUGGGAACAUUGCUCACCCAGCCAGUAUGAGUACGUUAUCAAAGACGCCAGGAACAUUAAGUGUAAUCGAAGGAUAUUUUGGAUGCCCGUACAUGGUGAAUUUAUGCGAAAAGGAUAUAUCGUUUUAUAUCAUAUACGGAAUGAAAGGAUAUCAUAAUAGCGAGGAAGAGAAAGAAAGAGGAAACGAGAGGAAUAAUGCAAAGAACGCGUUAUUGACCUCGCUUCAAAUAAUAAAAGAAGUAAAACGCGUUCCUGGUAUCAAAACGGUUCUGAUUGGCAUCUCGACCGGUAUAGCAUUCUGCGGAGUAAUAGGUCAUGCCGUUAGAAGACAGUACAUGAUUUUUGGUACGCCUGUCCAGAAAGCGAUUUCUUUGGCGAUUGUUUCAUUCGAUACAAUAUGUUGCGACUACGACACCGUGCUAAACAGCGAUCUGCCCAAGGGAAAAUUUCUUUCGCAAGGUAUAAAGAUAUUGAGAAAGUUUGGAAAAUGUCACGUUUACGAAUUCUCGGCUAAAGAUCCGUCUUCCAGGAAAACCGAAUUACUGUCGAGCUUGGAGUAUGUUUAUCCCAUUCUUGGCCGAUAUAAUGAAAUAGAAUACUUCAAGGAUAUUCUAGAUGACAUCGGAGUGGCAGAACGUGUUUAUUCCGGAUUGCUUAUCGAAGUUCUGGUCGAAACAUACAAAUUUCGGUAUGCGCAAUUAAAAUCAGAAGUUUCAUAUUUAUUAAUCGCAUAGGGCUGUGAGAGAUCUGGCAAAUCGAGGAUUCUCGACGCUUUUGUCACAAUUGUUCGAAACAGACAGAUAAAGCUUGUUCAACUUUCUUUGCAUCCAUCGUAUUCGGAGAAAGCUUACGCUGUACUGUACCAUGUGCUUCUGCAACUUUUCGAAGCUGAAGAUUGCUCGACCAUCGAGGAUCGCGAAAAAGUUCUAUCGUACACGCUGUCCAAAGUACUGGACCCAGAGGAUUUCUGUUACCUGAAUCCCAUCAUGAGAGUACAGUUUCCUCUAUCGAAGAAAUAUUGCGAGGAUACCGAUUGGCAGCGUCACAAAAAAGCAACCGAGAUCUUUGAAGAUAUAUUAAACGAGGUCAUUGGUUGCUUGUGCAUCCUCCUGGACGACGUGCAAUACAUGGAUCUUCUUUCCUGGCAAUUUUUAUCCUCUACUUUGAAUAAUAACCGCGUGGUUGUAGGCAUGACGAUGAUGGAACCUACUUCUUCGGAUAAUUUAUCUCAAGUCGAAUCUGGCAUUUAUCAAGAUAAGAGACUGAUGAACAGAAUACUGGACGGAUUAGAGCCGAAAUAUUUGACAGCGUUUGCUUGCCAAUUUUUGAACGUUAUUGCGAUUCCAGACGCUCUCGACAGAAUUCUUCAGCAACGUAGUAAAAAUAUGAUUUGCUGGUGUGAAGCGUUCUUGAUGUCAGCUAUACAAGUUAAUUCGUUGGAAGUUGUCACGAUAUCGCCCAUGGAAGCGGCUCGCUAUAAUCUCGUUUUCCCAGAUCAAUCGCUAUUGUCAAAGAUCCCAGCAUAUUUGACGCCUGAAGAAUUGGCACCACCGCUACACUGGACGCAGAUGAGCGCGUUGAACGUAUGUAUAUCGUCGAAGCAGACGAGAGGUUUCGUUGAAUCCAACCGAGACGUUAUAGGCUUGAGAGUCGAUAUCUAUAACAGAAUGAACUUCUACGAGCAAAAUUUCAUCAAGUGUGCGGCAACUUUGGGUGACAUUUUUCUACGCAGUAUGUUGGACCACGUGAUGGUUGACGCUACACCGAUAUACAUACAAAAAGGAAGUAUCAAUUAUUGCAAACAAAUUUCGCAAUUACCAUAUUCUCUGAUUACUUUAGCCGUAGCAGAGAUGGUCAAAUUAAGGAUUUUGGAGUGCGCUAUGGUCCAGAGAAAAUUCUAUCACUCGAAAGAGUCAUUGUAUCACAUAUUCAAAAAACAGAAAACGUUCAGCAACAUGCAUCAUUUGGUGAUCUGCGAAUGUCAAGCGACCCCUAUAUUUGUCAAGGAAACGUUGCCUUCGUACGCUUACUGUAAAAUGUUGAAGUUCACAAUAGCCUCGUUUCGCAAAUUUUUUUACGAUGUGCUCGCGCCACACGAAAAGCAAGACUACCACUCGAAGAUUGUAGACAAGCUUGAAAAGGAAACUUCAAAGUGUAAUACCUGUGGCGGAGGCAAAUUUUUAAUAACGACCUCGAAGGACGAGUUCGACGCAAUCCAUAAGGAAGUGUCACAGGAACUAAAUGUAACGGCACAGAGAAGAAAAACGUUCCAGACUCGAUACGAUAGAUUAGAUACUAGACGAAGUACAAUUUUUGUUGCCGAUACUAACAACGAUAAGAAGCGUGACAGUGCGAGUAUUCGCAGGAUUUCCAUUCUGCCAACAUAUAUUGACGAAACCGAUGAUCAUACAGAAAACCGAGACACAAACAAGAACGGUGAUGCACCUAGUUUAAUAAAAAGAACGAGUCGAUCUGCUAUUUUGGAUACCGUAUUAGAGGAUUCAUGGGACAGCCGUUUGGAGCAAUUUAGCUACAUUGAUUAUCGUAAUUGCAGAUGUAUUGAAGUGAUCGAUUACGUCUUCUGGAAGUUGCAUCAUCACAUUUUACGGUCUGACGAUCCUGAGAAAUUUGUCACGUUUAUAUUGAACUAUAGCGCAGGUUUAAUCCAAACCGGGCAGCCUCUCUCUGCAAUCAAAUUUCUCGCGACCAUGAUCACUAAUUUCGAUAUCGCAGAGAUCAAGGAAAGGUCGAAAGUUGAUGCUAUAGAUCAAGCUAUUGACAAAAAAAAAUACUUAAUUUUAAUGGGGGAUGCUUACGUUGCCUGUGGAAAUUAUUCUCAAGCGAAGAAAUUUUAUACCGACGCUGUGCUGUUGAAUAGCGAACUACCGCAGAGCGCCAAAGCAAUCUGUUACAAUACUGCGUUAGAAAAAGUGCGGUAUAAGAUGCUAGGUAUUCCCAAGCAUACCGUAAAUAAAAACUCCGAGAAGGAGGUUGCUGAGAAGGUAGAGCACGCUAUCGCUCUGCAACGGUUGUCCAUGGUUUCGAUGCUGCAGAACGAAAUGAAAAUGGCGGAACUUACCACUUUGCAGAGUCUUCGAAUGGCGUUCGGAAGCCCCGACGGCUUCUUGGAGAAAGGAGACAUUUAUGUAUCCGCUGUGCAAACUUUUCGACAGCUCCAAGAACCAUGCAUGAUAAAGUCCCUGGAGAUAUCGAUAUUAUCAAUGAUUAAAGAGAAGCUUGUUUGGAAGAAACCCGAAGAAAUGAUAUUGGUGGCUCGGAUCUAUCAGACAAUAUUCGAAACCAGAAUACUACAGGGCAAGCUGGUGGAAAGUAUCGAGGUUGGAAUAAAUAUCUGUAAAAUAUGUAAUUGUUUGCGCUUGAAUAAGAUGAAGCUUGCUAUACUACCAUCGCUGAUAGAAGCUAUGGUUUGGACGAAGAAGAUAUACGAAGCUGUCGAUUUGCUGUACGAAUUGUAUCAUCUCUCUCACAGGGACGUAGAUUAUUCUGCUAUCAUAUGGUACUAUGCUCUGUGCAUGGAAUUUUUGUUAGACGCUGCCAUGAUCUUGGAAACAUACGAAACUUGUUAUAAUUUCUAUAGAAACGUUGUAGCUUUCAGACCCAACACUUGUGCCUUACGGGAUCCAGAGAGUGUGUUGCGUCUGACAAAUUGUCUAGCUAUCUGGCAAUUGAGAAUGAACGUAAUAGUGACGUCCACGUUCGUGGAAGACGUCGUUGAGUUAGAAACUCAGGUCACGCAUAAUAACUUUCAGAAAAUAUGCAACUGCUUCAAGGCACUCGAGUGUUAUUUGUUAAUACUGAAGCGUCAAAUUCACAUCCGACGAUCGAGCGAUCUGUUUAAUCGACUGGAGGACGCCAAAACCAUUAUCAAGUUCCUUCGUAACCAGUCUCUAUCCGCACCAUUCGUCAAACCAUUCUUGUACUUAUUACAAUCUUACAUGGAACUGCUGUGUGCUCGAAAACUACGGUCUCGAUCAAUCCUCGUAAAGGCGUGCAAAUUCGCUUCCUCUCAGGAGAACAAAUUGGUUCAAGCUUGGAUCGAACAGAACAAAAGGACUUGGGAGGAGAGUAAUUAUAACAGUAUGGCGCAGUAUUGGGUGGAACACGUAGGUAGCAUGGACGGAAUCCGUUGGGAGGAGAUUCACUCGUUCAGUGUGAGCGCUUGGUCCACCAUAUUGUACCCGUUUCCACCUCCAUAUUCUAGUUUUUAAUGGUCAAUUCCUAAUGUAUUCUGUACGCGACUACGAAGACGAUGCAGCAAGGAAGUAGAGGCCGAGUACGCCAAGGAUACAAGCUUCGAGCUAAACGAGAAAAAAGAAUCAGCGAGCGGGAAGAGGACGAAGAGUGAAAGAGAGAAGAUGAUAAAGCAAGAAAAUGGAAGGAACGACAACGCGGUAAGAAGAUAACCGCGAAUCGGUCGAUGCCUCGAUUUCAGCGUAAAGUAUCGACCGAUUUUUCGAUUUCCACGAUUCCAUUUUCUGGCACAACGCUGUAAAGAAACUUUAUUUGACUUACGAUCACGGCUAAUUAAUCGAAUGAAUUACAAAUGUUAAUGCGAUACGUUAGUUAAUUACUUAAUUAAAGUGCCUUGAUUGCAACGAUAUGCAA